AUGAAACUGAGGGGUGGGGGACAUAAUUCAGAGCCUGGAGUCGCUAUUCGAUACGCAGAGUGCGGAACAGCGACGACUGUGUGCCAGCCGAGACCAAAUUCAAUUCUGAUGUUGAUCUGCGUGAUGAACAUUCUGCCAGUGGUGCUGAUAUCUUCCUACAAGAACAGUGUCGGCUGUGGAGUGCUCAGUGGACUGUUCUGCAUAGGCGACAUGUCUGAAAAAGGACUCUUGGAAUACCUCAACGUAGAGGCGUUUGUGAUGUUGUCCUGCUGGUACUGUCUCCAACUGGUGCUGGCUGGUGCUCCGGUGGGUGCUCUGGCCAGGUACGAGAACAACGAGACGGGCGAACAUGUGUGCAUCAGACACAAUGCAGUAUUCGCUCUCUAUGUCUCACUGUCCCUCAUAUUCCUGACGGAACACUUGAGCGGGGAUGCAAUUGAAGGUCUGGAGAUCUUUAACUUCUUCGUGGGCAAGGCCACCCACCCCCUCAUCACAGGCAUCGACAUGAAGAGAUUCCUCUGUCUCCGUCCAGGCACCCACUCACUUUUACAAUCCACUACGCGCGUAUCGUCUUCUAACACGAGGUUCAACUGUGCAUUUGUGGUGUUGGCUAUAUUCCACUUCUGCUAUGUGUUGCAAGCGAUGAACUUGGAAAUAGAUUUUCUGGCCACCUUUAGAUAUUCCAGAGAUGGAUUUGGAUACAUGCAUGCAUGGUAUUCUUUGGUGUUUAUCCCCUUCUUCUACGGACUUCAAUCGUACUACCUGUUCGAUCUCUCCAACUCCCCCUCAACUGAGGCCUCGUUGGGAGGGUGGGGGAUGUUGAGCAGCAGUGUACCGGGAGUGGUGCUAGGCAGUGUGCUCUUCUUCUCUGGUCAUUACUUGUUGGAUGUAUCCACCAAACAGAAGACCAUCUUCAGGUGA